AUGGCUAAUGAGAACAACUCACAUGAUUUUACCGGCAGAAAAAGGAAUAGGAAAAAUUACAACAAACGAAAACACAAGCACCAAAACCAUGAACUAACUCAGACGGGACCUCCAAAACAGCAGCAAAAUAGUUAUGAAUCACAACACUCCUCAUCGUAUAUUCCCAGCCAGCCACCACCAGUCACAUUAUUAAGAGACCAACGACAAAAAGGAGACAAUGACCAGACAUUAAGUCGUGGGGACCGCACUACUACUCCACCCCCACAAUCGUUACAACAUGAACAUGUACACAGCACUAAUCCUUAUAAAUCCCCACGAAAAGAAGCCAUAUCUAGAUACAAGCAAGAUCAGUCGAACUCUUCCAAUCAACUAUAUGAUUUGAAGGACAACUUGAAAUCAAAUGAUGAUGGUCCGCGUCGUGGCCAACUACCCGAUCUCGAGAAUAGUGAUAUCCCGAGUCUACCUCAAAGUCUAGACGACAAGAUAAAUUUGUUUCGAUAUAAGUCUGUGGAAAUCUUGGAAAUUGCGAAUCAGAAUAAUAUCAAUGGCUCAUUGUUGGCACACGGGGUAUUCGAAGUCUUCCAACUACAUCGCGGUGAUGUUACUUUCUUGUCCUGUGGAAGUACAUUUGUUUACCCAUUACUUUCGAAAACUAAAAUAUUGAGAAUCAAUUCCAACCAAUUCAUGCUACCGUUAACUAAACCUGAAAGGUAUUGGAAGAUCUCACUUCAUUGUGAUGAUUUUGAAGUGAUUAACAGUCUUGUAAAUGUGCUUCAAAAGAAUGUACAAUUUAUCAGCUUGUAUGAGCAAGAAGAGCUGAAAGAGGAACUCAACAUAGAUAGCGUACCUAAGGAAUUACAGUCUCCACGGAAUCAGUACAUUUUAAAUGACAUUCCAGACUCUCCACCUUCACCACCUAUUUCACCGCUGACGUACUUGCACUCUCCUGUUCAGUUUGCGUCCGCGAUUCAACAGCCACCCCAAUCAUCCAUUCUGCAGAUGCAUGUUCCAAAAAAGGAAUCCAUUGAAACUUUAAACAGUAAUAUUGCCAGUCUUGACAUAAAUCUGAAAUUGUUGUUGCAUCAACCGAUACCCGGUAGACUGAAUGUCGCUUAUUCCAAGAAUCAUCAUUUUGUGAAUUAUAGUUCAAAUAAGUAUACCACUAUCGACGAAAAAUCAGAAUCAUCAAUGGAUUCACUAUUGGAUGAAUAUGAGCAGAACCUUAAUAAAUCAACAGUCAUUAAUCUGAGGCCCCCAACAAGACAACCAUCUAUCGCUUCCACGCAACAUAUCCAAGGUUUUGCUCACAAGAAUGAUAAUGUAUUGGCACAAUAUUAUCCAAUUGAAAAUAAAGUACAUAACUAUCUGCGAAGUAGAAGGUCUUCAAGAAGCGAGUUGUACACCAGUGAGAGUGGGUGGAUGGAACCAAACUUGAACCACCUGAAUCAGAAUGGUACAAGUAACAGUAAUAAUGUGGGUGUUAAUUCUAGCACCAUGAAUGGAAGAAAAAUACCAAAGUCAAGAUCAACAUACAGUAUAAACAGCGUCACUACAGACUUGCAUAGUAUCUACAGGAACAUCCAGCUUCGAAACGGUAACAAUGCACGCGGAGAGGAGGAUUCCAAAUCUAUAAAAUCAAUGUCAAGAUUACCAUCGACGAUAAAAUCAUCCAUGCCUCGAUCUGAAUUAAAUAAGCGAAGACAAAGCGUUUACGGUGUUGGUGGGGUUGAUCGCAAAAAUGACGUUAAAUUGGAUUCUCGGGAAAUUUAUAAAAUGCUAAGCACUAAACCUGACAAGCCGAUUUUAAGACAGCCAAGUACUGGGUCUAUGACGACUCCAGCUACCAAGAGCACUAGCUUUACUUCAAGAUUAUUUGGCUGGUGA